AAAGCAAACACCGCAUGAGAGCUUGUAUAGUGACACCAAGGUUAGUGAUUAACCUUGCCUUCCCAGUCUCUCAGGACAUACACGCAGAGACGUCGGACAGCGCUGUCACUGAGGCAUGCUGCCGCUCGGCCGUCACAUCCUACAACCACCACCACCACCAUGGGCGAGUGCAAUAACUGUACCCGGGAACGGGCUUUAACCGGGGAGGACGACGUGACUGUGGCGUUUCACAAAGUUGUUAGCCAUGACAACCAGAGCCAGUUCUACAACCGCCAAGAAGAAGACGAGCAUGGCGAUGACGAGCAGACAGAUGAAACAGUCCAUCUACGAAUUAACUAUCUUAAGGAUGAAGAUGUUGAAGAGAAGCACCGGGCGAGAGGAAGCGAAAAUGUGCUGGAAGGCGGCGAGAAGGAGUCGCUGUUGUGUGUGCUACCGGCGUUUUGCACGAGAGGCAAGGAGACCGCAUCUUCCGAAGAAGGAAAACCACCUGAGGAGCAACCAAAGAAAUGUCCUGGCCUGGGUCUGUUCUAUGCUUUCCUGGCUACAGUUUUCUUCUCCAUCAUCGCCCUGCUGGUGAAAACCAUUGAGGGAGUCCACGCCAUUGAGAUCAGCGCCAUUCGGUGCUUCUUCCAGAUGCUCUUUGUCAUACCGUUACUCAUCUACCACAAGACAGGUUUCCUUGGUCCCCGAGAUAAACGUAUUUAUUUGGUGCUUCGGGGUUUCCUCGGCUCCAAUGCAAUGAUCCUUCUCUACUAUGCAGUUCAGCAGAUGCCGCUGGCAGACGCCACUGUCAUCAUGUUCAGCAAUCCAGUCUUUACCUCGCUCCUGGCUUGGUUAUUCCUCAAAGAGAGAUGUACAAUCUGGGAUUGUGUGUUCACUGUGUUCACCCUCACCGGAGUCAUCCUCAUCGCUCGCCCGCCGUUCCUCUUCGGCGAGCAUCUCAGCGGCAUCGAAGGCAACUACACUAAGCAUGUCAAGGGAACUUUGGCUGCCUUCGGAGGUGCAAUUGCAGCUGCUUUCACUUUUGUCAUUCUGCGAAAAAUGGGGAAGAGCGUCCAUUACUACCUCUCCGUGUGGUACUACGCCGUCAUCGGCCUUCUCGAGUGCAUUAUCACCACAUCCGUCCUGGGCGAGUGGAAUCUCCCGUUCUGUGGUCGAGAUCGCUGGAUGUUGAUGCUUAUUGCUGUUCUGGGCAUCGCUGGCCAGACCUUCCUCACUAAGGCGCUGCAGAAUGAGAAGGCCGGACCCGUGUCCCUGAUGAGGACGGUGGACGUGGUGCUGGCCUUUUUCUUCCAGUUUGUUUUCUUUCAUCGUGCGCCGACCUGGUGGAGCCUUGGGGGGGCGCUGUGUGUCGUGUUGAGCACCAGCGGAGUUGCACUUAGGAAGUGGUAUAACAGCUCCUGCAAGAGCUGAGAGAAGGAAUGCAGAAGUUUGCUUAUACUCAUCACCUCCCCUUUAUGAGAAUUGCUAUGUUUCUUUGUCUUUUGGGUGGUCUGUAUUAUUAUUAUUAUUUUUAUUUUAUUUUUUGUGGAAGGGGGAAGACCAUUCCAGAAGCUUAAUGUUAGUUCAAUGUUUGAACUUUUGGAACAUUUGGUUAUAUUAAAAGUGUCAAUAUAUGUAGUUGUUGACAUUGAUUAAUUUGGUUACCCCCCACCACACUUGACAGUUGGUAUAUUAUUUUUAGGUUUGAAGAUCUUACCAUGGGCCUUAAUUUCUGGUUUGUUCUUUUUUACAAGCUUAUAGGUUUUUUUUUACCUAUCAGAGGUUUAAAGUUUGGGUUAGGUGGUUGAAACUUUGGUAGUAUUGGACUUUACAACGAGACAAUAAUGCUCAACAAACAUCAGAACAUCAGAAAUAAAUAAAGGUGGCUUGCAUUCAGUUUCUGAAAUAACCUGGUCACGGUGUGCAAAAAUGAAUUGACAAUACUUACAAGCCGUAGAACCAGGCAGAAAUUGGGCUCAAAACCUCAUUUGAAAAUGACUACCGUAGUUUUAUAUACUGUACAGUUAUGCUUAGAAAAGGAAAAGUUCAGAAAUUGUAACUAAAAGUCCAAAAUUGAUGUUCAUGCUUAUGUUGUGUGUAUGCAAACUUCUGACCAACAUUUUGCUAUUUUACUUUAUAGUUUUCCUUUUUUAACUUUCAUGUAUUUUUUAAAAUUUACUUUGUACUUUGAAUGCAAACAUGAAGAGAUGCAGACCACAUUAACAGGAUCGCGUAUGAUAAAUUAAAAUUCAGAAGCAAUUUGAAUAUAUUUAUGCAUGUUGAUUUCAAAAGUCAACCUGUGUAGACUUUAAAAGCACAGUAUUGUGUGCUUUUAUUUUGCUUAAAAUAAUAUCGGCAGGGAAUGAGAAUAAGAAAAGUCUUUAAAAGCUGUAUCCUGCUUCCUUGAAGCCUUCCUGAAUGAACUGAGAAGUUCUAAAAGUCUGGUUGAGUGAAACCGUUUAAAAAAAUGCCCUCUGUCGUAUUUUUCUCUAACUUGUACAGAAGCUCCAAAUAUAGACUGGGACCAUUUUUGUUGAAUCACAUUACUUAGAAAAAUACUAACUUUCAUUUUAAAGCGAUUUGCACUAGGUGCUACUGAAUAGUUAAUCAAAUACUAUAUAUAUAUUAAAAUUUUUUCCCUUUGAAACUGGGUUAUUUAUGAGCAUUGGCUAAAAACUAUAUCCUGAAAACAGGGUUGCUCUCCCUGAGGGGUUUAAAAUAUUUUCUUAAGUAUGCACAGAUUAUAAUUACAUAUUAAUUAUACCCAGUUAUUUUUUCCAUUACUGUAGUGUAUGUAAAGUGUCAUUAUGUAGGGAAAUUGUGCAAAUAAAUAUAUAGUCGUAAUCAUAAGACGGCAACAUUUUAGUUCUGUUGGCACCUCUAUUAAAGGUGUCUAAAAUACCUUAAAAUAAAUUCAUCAUUCAUUAAUGUUGGUCAUUUUACACUUGGUAUCAAAUCUUUCAUUUGAAUGAAUGUAUUCAAUUUCUUUCUGAGAAAAACAUCAUACAGCAUGGAAUACAUUUGCUCUACUUGAAUUAUAUAUAUAUAUUUAGAAACAUCUAUUUAAGGUUGGAUUUUGUUCCCUAUGUAAUAAAAUGAACUGAGGUAAAAUUAGUUUUUCUACCAUUUUCAGGGGGAGAUUUUGCUAUUUAACAAUAAAACAUUAAUUUAUUUAAAGGCUUUUUUACAUCUUUACCAGCAGUGGCAAUACGAUGAAAUUACCCUGUAAUCUGCCUGUAGAAUAUCUUUUUAAGUGAGAUACUUUUCAGGUCAUACUGAUUUUUAAUCAUCAGCAUAUAUCUCAGGUCUCUCAGCUAGCACUUUAAGAUCAUCUAAUAAUCUAUGCAAAACUGAAGUGGCUCAGAUGUUUUGUUUAGAUUUUUCUUCUCAGAUAAAAUAAUCCACUCUAAACAUGGCACUACAUCUUCAGCUUUGCAACUUUUGCAACUCAAUGGAGUUUUGUUUAAAGAGCUCCAUUAGAAGCAUCAUUGCUUCUAAUGAUGUAAUGCUGCGGAAAAGGAAAUUAUUUAAUUAGUAAAACAAAACUUUCUUGGUUUUGUCUUUACUUAAAAUAAAAAUAACAAAAUCAGUUCAUUUUAAAACUGACUCAGGGUCUGAAAUGUACAUGACAUUUGACUGACCUCGAACACUUAAGUUAGUUCAUUUGCCAUCGGUCUAUUUAGAUGGUUAAAAAUACUUGAUACACCGUUUUCUUUUAAGUGUAUCUAAACAGCAGCGCUAAAAGCCAAUAUGUUUACUUAAAUGGAUUGUAAAAAGUUGCCUUGUGCAUCUGUGGAGAAAUGUCCGUUCUUAUCCAUAAGCCUUAUUCUUAACGCACAGUUUGUUAUGCAGUACUAUAGGUAUAAGUGUCUCAGCACAGCUUUAAUCUUUUAUUUGACAGAGUUUAAUCUGGAAUAGUGUAAAAAUGAGAUGAUGAGAUUAGUGAUACUUCGCUGCUAUUUAAUAUCCUGAAAUUUCUUCGUCAACAUUUGUUUUUGCUGUUUUUUUUAUAAACUUUAUGUACAUGUUAGACCUGUUAGGUCCAGCACAUAUGUACAGGUUAAAUUGGUCUCUUUAUACAGUAAAUCCUAUCACAAGUCUUUGAAAUCAGAGUUUACACAGUUCAGCUUUAUUAAAGUCUUUAUUUCCCAUGUGCCUUUUCAAAGAAGGAAAAUUUAAAAAAUGUGUAUGUAAGAUGCGUGUUGCAUGUGGUCACUAUAACAAGCAAAGCACCUCACUUUAUGCAAGUAGAAAACCCUGUAUUAGAGUGACUCAAGAGUUAUCUGAUUGUUGUUUAAUUUGCUGUGGUUUUCUAUAAUUACAUGUAAUAUUAAAUUGGAACAUUUUAGUUAAUUAUGACCCUCUUUAAAUUGCUGCCUAAACAACAACUGGUAUAUACAAUUUUAGAAAAGCGAAAAGUUUUAGUAAAAUGUUAGAAAAUUCACUGGACUUGUAAACCCAGUAAUGCAGUACUUAGGGUAUUUUAUACACAGCUUUAAAACCUUUUACUAUUUCUGUAUGUAAACCAACAUUUGUUUGAGAUGUAUACAUUUCUUCCUAGUGGUAGAUUACUUUUAGUAUAUCAUAUUUUCAUAAUAAACUUUUUAAAUUCCGAAGUCA